AUGCAGCUCUGUAGUGACUGAUAGAACAGGCAGGAGGAGACUGAUACUGAGCUGCUCUUUAACUCAUCUUCUCAACAGUGCAAUCUAACCAUCAUAAAUAGGCGCAGGCAUGAGUAAAGCAAGGUUAAGCAGGGAGAGACGGAGCAGCCAGCCUGGUUUUAACAGAGGGACCUGCAGCUCCAUUGUCUCUCAAGAAUCGGAUUCAGCCUUCUCCCAGCAAAACAAACCUUCAGAAUCUGGCCUUCUUAAUGACCUCAGCCACAUGAGGGUCAGUGAACAGCAGGCCUCCUCAUCAAGGAAAGGAAGGCCAUCCAAAGCUGGUAAUAAUGUCAGCAGGAGCUCAUUAGGGCGCUCACGAGGAGCGCUCGAAACAGUGGGGCGGCUGAUAAAGCUGGGGCGCAUACGUAAUGUGGUAGUGGUGGCUGGGGCUGGCAUCAGCACAGCAAGUGGCAUACCAGAUUUCAGGACACCAGGCACGGGUCUGUAUGCAAACCUGGAAAAGUACAACGUUCCCUACCCAGAAGCCGUCUUCAACAUCGACUACUUCUCUGAAGACCCUCGUCCCUUCUUCUCACUGGCCAAGGAGCUGUAUCCUGGCUGCCAUCGUCCUAAUUACAUCCAUUACUUUAUCCGCAUGCUGCACCAGAAAGAUCUGCUGCUCCGCAUAUACACUCAGAACAUCGAUGGACUGGAGAAGAUGUGUGGUAUUCCAGAUGAAAAACUUGUAGAGGCUCAUGGAAGUUUUGCCACUGCUGCCUGUCACCUGUGCUACACACCAUUUCCAGCAGAGGAAGCCAAGGAAGCCAUUAUGAGUGAUAAUGUCCCAACCUGCUCAUUUUGUUCUGCCACGGUCAAGCCGAAUGUUGUAUUUUUUGGAGAAGAUUUACCAGAAAAAUAUUUUCAACAUGAGGUGGAUUUUCCUAAUGCAGACCUGCUAAUCAUCAUGGGAACUUCUUUACAGAUCGAGCCCUUUGCCAGCCUGGUAAACACAGUAAAGUCCACAGUUCCCCGUCUGCUGCUUAACCGUCAUGGAGUGGGGCCAUUUCAGCAUAAACCAUUGAGAAGAGGAGACUACAUGGAGCUGGGAGACCUGGUGGACUCAGUCAAAAGAUUUGCAGAGAUCCUGGGGUGGCACACUGAGAUUCAAGACCUGAUGCAGAGCCAUGAGAAAAUGAGCAUCCCUAUGGUAAUAUCCACUCCGUCCUCAUGUAGUGAACAGCCGCCUGUCCAGCACAAAUCCUACUCAUGUAGCACCAGUGAAGAAAGUGACACCUCCGAAACUGACAGCAUGAGCACAGAGUAAUCGAGUAACUACUGUUAAGUAACCUCUAUAUCAGAGUUCUGCAGUUCAUAGCAGAACUCCACUUAUCAUUUUGAUACUGGGUGGUGCUGAUUGUCUUUUUUAUUUUUUUAAGUAGCUCAUAUGUGUAUGUACAUCUGUCUUAAGAGAUGACAAAUAAUAGCACCUCCUUAUUACUGAUCAUUUUAAUAUUGUAUGUUAUUGUGUAUUAAUUAUAUAGAUAAUAUUUGUUAAUGUUUAACUACACAAUUUUUCAUAAAUAUUAUUAAGUGCUGUCAAGUCAAUUCAGCCUUCUGGCAACCACAUAGUGUUUGGGUUUUCAGGCUUCAUAAUGGCUUAGGCUUAUGAUCUAUCCAUCCACCUUGACGUUUUAGGCUCCAGAUCAUUAAGAUCCUAAACAGAAGUUAGGAUGGCCUGUGUAAACAGUACAACAGGUAUGCCACAGAAAUUUGUGGGUCUGAAGGUACUCAGUAAAGCAUCUCACAGGCCCAGCUCUGAGAUGACCGUGCUAAACUAGCAUGGGAGGCGUGACCUCCUGAGUGUGUAGUGUCCCGCUGUGUGUUUUCACAGGCACUGUGGACUCCGAGCUGAGGCCUCCCUCCAAAACUCUAAUGAAUGUCUGCGCUUGGCAACAAAGAACCAAUAUCCUGCUGCUGUGUGUACAAAUGUGUGAAUUUAAGUUUGUGCAUUGUCAGGCUGAGUAGUCAACAGCACUGUCAGUAUGAAAAUGGCCAGUCAGUCAGAAAGCAGUUUUUACAUUUUGCACAUUUGUUCUAGGUUUAAUUUGACCAGUUUACAUUGCAGCAUACUUAUACAAGAAGUCUUAAUGUCUGAACGCUUGAUUUCAUGUUUUGUACUGUUCUGUAUGUUUAAGGGAAAUUUUUUUUAAUCAGGUCCUUGUUUAAGGAUGCUGAAUUGAAGUAGGAAAUAAUGUGUCGUUCUAAUAGAUGAUGCAUUUUUGAGGUUUGAAUUUAAACAAUUAGAAAGUAAACAUAUUUUACUCAUGUCUGUGUUUUAAUGACCAAAAUGCUGCUGUUGGGUAGGUGUCUUGUUUCUGUUUUUUAUAUUGUAUUUUUUUGUUGAGAUUAAAAAUAUUUAACAAGAA